AGUCAGCAGGCGACUGCGAGGCGGUGCGCUUCGUGGUUGUCGUCGGCCGCUGUGACCUCGGGGACAAGUGCUGCAAGUGCCUCGUUUGUUUUCCUCCUACAUUCUACUUCCGCUCACCCGUGUCGUGCUUGUGUGUUUCCCGAUCCGAAUGCCUCCCAGCUACCGGAUAGAAAAACGUUGGAUCCUUGAUAUGACGAGUGAUUUCGGAACGCCGCCUUUAUUUCCGUAGCUUACGCACUACAAGUGUGUGCGCAGGGCGGGGCAUGGAGCAGAGCGGCUGGCCGGCCAGGAUCGUGGUGCUCGUGCAGCUCGUGGCGUGGUGCGCCGUGGGGGCGCUGCUGCUGCACAUGGGACUCGCGAGCCUGAGGCCCGAGGCCGGCCUGGCCGGCAACUCCACGACUGAGGCCCCAAACUCCGGCCAAGCCAGCGACCAUGCCCCCGGGGUCAGCGGCGACGCAGACGGGCUCGCGGCCAACGCCAGCUGGGCGGGGCGCAGGGCGCUGUACCGCCCCUCCUCGGUGCUCAUGGUCACCGUGGGCUCCGCCAUGCUCGUGCUGGGCCCCGUCGUGCUCAUGAUCCGGGAGAUCGAGUCGCGGCGCCACCACGACCGUUGCCACAAGGUGGACCCACCGCCCAGCUACGACGAGGUGACGGAGGCGGCACCGCGCUACUCCACACUCUUCGAGGUGGACGAGUCCGGUGAGCUGGUGCCGGUCAGCCCACCACCUCUCGACUCCCCCACCUCCAGCCCGCUACUCAAGCCGCGGUGGAGGAUGUACCACGUGGCCAGCUUCCCAACGGCGCGGCAAGGGGAGGAUCUGACGGGGACCCAGAGCCGUCGCAACUGGCGCUCCCUUGUUGGUGCGGCCGCCCUCGCCGUCAUCGUUGUUGCUGCAUGCCUGUACCUGGCCGAGAGCGACGCGCGACACUCGUUCAAGAUGGGCGCGCUGCUGGGCGCCGGGGCGCUGGUCGUCGGCUUCGUCAUCUGGGCCGUGUCGCUGCCGCGGAACCAACUCAGCGGUGUGACGGACCCGAGGCAGAGGAGCGACUACAGGGACCUGCACAUCGACAUCCCGCCGCCGGCAGACUUCUUCAUGCAGUACACGCCGCCGCCAAGCUACGAGGACUCUAAGCCCGUGGUGACGCCACCGCCGACCUACUCGGCCGCCAUCGACCUGUCGGGCAGCCCGCCUGUGUGGGAGGUCCCGGCGGUGCACCACGCCCCCUCUCCUACCGGGGAGCCACCCCAACACAGCGGCGCCAGUGUCUGACCACGACGUGGGCAGUCCGCCCGUGUGGGAGGUCCCAGCGAUGCACCACCCCAACACAGCGGCGCCAGUGUCUGACCACGACGUGGGCAGUCCGCCCGUGUGGGAGGUCCCAGCGAUGCACCACCCCAACACAGCGGCGCCAGUGUCUGACCACGACGUGGGCAGUCCGCCCGUGUGGGAGGUCCCAGCGAUGCACCACCCCAACACAGCGGCGCCAGUGUCUGACCACGACGUGGGCAGUCCGCCCGUGUGGGAGGUCCCAGCGAUGCACCACCCCAACACAGCGGCGCCAGUGUCUGACCACGACGUGGGCAGUCCGCCCGUGUGGGAGGUCCCAGCGAUGCACCACCCCAACACAGCGGCGCCAGUGUCUGACCACGACGUGGGCAGUCCGCCCGUGUGGGAGGUCCCAGCGAUGCACCACCCCAACACAGCGGCGCCAGUGUCUGACCACGACGUGGGCAGUCCGCCCGUGUGGAAGGUCCCAGCGAUGCACCACCCCAACACAGCGGCGCCAGUGUCUGACCACGACGUGGGCAGUCCGCCCGUGUGGGAGGUCCCAGCGAUGCACCACCCCAACACAGCGGCGCCAGUGUCUGACCACGACGUGGGCAGUCCGCCCGUGUGGGAGGUCCCAGCGAUGCACCACCCCAACACAGCGGCGCCAGUGUCUGACCACGACGUGGGCAGUCCGCCCGUGUGGAAGGUCCCAGCGAUGCACCACCCCAACACAGCGGCGCCAGUGUCUGACCACGACGUGGGCAGUCCGCCCGUGUGGGAGGUCCCAGCGAUGCACCACCCCAACACAGCGACGCCAGUGUCUGACCACGACGUGGGCAGUCCGCCCGUGUGGGAGGUCCCAGCGAUGCACCACCCCAACACAGCGGCGCCAGUGUCUGACCACGACGUGGGCAGUCCACCCGUGUGGGAGGUCCCAGCGAUGCAUCACCCCAACACAGCAGCGCCAGUGUCUGACCACGACGUGGGCAGCCAGACAGUGCACCAAAGUGCGCCGAGGCGAGCGCUUUACUGCGUUCCUGUGGACCAGAACCAGGUUCUCUGGUGUGACUCGCUUGUCAGCUGACACAAAGCCGAACUGCCUCGUCUUGUGCAUUCCAUGAUUCUAGUCUCUUCUGAGGUGGUUUGAUACCUGGAGUUUACUAAUUGUGUACUAUUCGUUAAGACUUUUGGGAGGAAACUCAUUUUCCACUUCAUUUCAUGAUGCGGAUUGUGUGAGGCACUGUUUUACAGCCUGCAACCUUAGCUGAAUCUGCGGUUCCAGAGUUGAUCUGAGGACGAUUACGAAAUGAAAUGUGACCUGCUGUAUCUUGUUUUGUCUGCCAUGAGUUUAACUGAAUGUUAUUCUGGCUGUUUAUAACUCUUUGUUAUUUUCAUGCUUUUAUCCUUAAAUAAGUCCAUCUCCAACUUCAUUUUAGUUAAAGAUAUGCUCUAAGAGGAAUACUUGUUUCCCCAAAACAAAUAUUUGCUUGGCUAGUGUUUGCUACAUAAUUCACAGUAUUUAUUAUAUUUUCAAUCUAAUAUAUUUUUGGUGAUAUUAAAAAUGAAUGUUUUUAUUAGUCAUGCAUACAUUUGCUUGCACAAAUGUUCUGCAUUUCCAUUCCUAUAGAACUCCUACAGAAGUCUUCGUAAAGGUUGGUUUUAGUAUUAAAAUGGCCAUGCAAUAAGUUAUACAGGUAUUUUAGCAUGUACUUGACACAAAAAAUUCUCAUAUUUUGCAGCAAAUAUUUGUACAUAUUUACCUGAAAGUAUUUCUGCCCAAAUUCUAGGCAAACUUAGCAAUUAUAAUUGAUAAGCUGUUCUGACAUGUUGACUAUACUUGCGAAGGCAAUCUAAUAAUAUUUGAACAGGGAAAUUCAACUCACCAUGAUGACUGAAUUGUGUACUCUUUUGACGAACUGUAUCCAUCUAUCGUCAUUUUUGCUGCCUUGAUCAUAGUUUGUACAUGAUGCAUAAAGACAACCAACGAUAUUUAUUGCCUUGUGAAAAACAGGACUUCUAUGAAAAAUAUUAUCUGCUUGACUAUAAGACCUGUAUCAAAAUAAUGCGUGUUUUAUUUGUAUUUGGAUCAUUAAAUCACGUGUACUUGCUGAUAAUGCAUGUGAAGUUUAUGUAACUUUGUCAGACUCAUGAUCUGACGAAAUGGUAACUUGGUGCAUUUGUUAUGAAAAUAUAUAAUCUCAUUGGUUUGUUUCACUUCUGUUAGACUGAGUUAUUUAAUGUUGUAAACAGUUUUGUACGAUGUGAAGUAUUAAAAUAUAUGCGAAAAAUA